UGCCCCAUCAUUGGUGUCAGUGUGGGAGGAAUAGUGCCCCAUCAUUGGUGUCAGUGUGGGAGGAAUAGUGCCCCAUCGUUGGUGUUAGUGGGGGGGAGGAAUACUGCCCCAUCGUUGGUGUCAGUGGGGGGAGGAAUAGUGCCCCAUCGUUGGUGUCAGUGGAGGGAGGAAUAGUGCCCCAU